AUGCAUGAUGAGUUUAUCGCAUUGAUCAUUUCGACUUACAGAUCAGCGAUUAGUUUACUGAAUGAUUCGUUCAGUGGUAUGAGGAAUGCAGUGGUCAACAAUCUGUUGCUUGUUACGAUCACAUGUGUUGUCUGUAUGAGCAUGAAGUUUUUUGUUGAAUUUAUUUUAGGAUACUUGGCUGCAACUGCAGAUAGUGGGAAGAAUAGCAGGAGUAUUGAAAAGGGAGAGUAUGGCUUAGUUAUAAUAGUUAACAGCGAUUACAAGAUGGAAAAAGGAAAAGUUCUUUCCCAAGUAUGCCAUGGGAUGUCCAAGGUGAUGACAUAUCUGUUCAAAAAUAAUGAGUUACGAAAGGAAUGGAAGAGGAAUGGAGAGGCAAAGAUUGUGUUGAGAGGCAGCAGUGCCCAGAUAGAGCAUAUACUGAAGGAUGCUGAACGAAAGGGGAUUCGUCAUCAUGCCGUGUAUGAUGCAGGUAGAACACAGGUACCGCCAGGAUCAAACACAGUGGUGGUUCUUGGCCCUGCAUUGAGAGAUCAGCUUACACCGAUUUCUGGGCAUCUGAAGUUGUACUAA